CGCCUCCCGUCCUGUCUUCCAAUUGUACUCGAUACUCCUCUUGUCAUCUUUGUCUCGACUCAUCCGCCAACCCAUCUCACACACACCUCUUUUCAGCUUCCCCACCGUGCCGCUUUCUGCUGUGAAACAGAGAAUCGACACGACAGGCUCACAACGCAAGCCACUUGGCUCGUAAUCCCGCGUACGCGCAGCUUGCAGCUCACGAGAGAGAGAAAGCCUUUAAGUGAAAACUCUGCCCAGCAUGUCGAGCCUCCCCUACCGUGCUCCCUACCGGAAGCAGUCGCGCCAGAUGUCGACCGACCCUAGAAACGAGAUUCACCCUCAUGUCGACCACUACAUCGGCAUUGAUGUGGGCACCGGCAGUGCUCGUGCCUGCAUCAUGAACGACCAGGGCGACAUUGUCGGUCUGGCCUCCGAGAACAUUGCCCUCUGGCAGCCCCAGCCGGGCUACUACGAACAAUCCUCCACCGACAUUUGGCGGUGUAUCUGCUCUUCCGUGCGCCGUGCGCUGGACCAGCACAACAUUGACCCCGACACUGUCAAGGGUAUCGGCUUCGAUGCCACCUGCUCUCUGACCGUUUUCAACGAGGAGACGGGCGAGCCCAUCUGCGUGACGGGGCCCAACUUCGACAACCGUGAUGGUGAAGAUCGCAACGUCAUCCUAUGGCUGGACCACCGUCCUGUCCAGGAGACGGAGAAGAUCAACGCCACUAACCACAACCUGCUGCGCUAUGUCGGCGGCAGAAUGUCCAUUGAGAUGGAAAUUCCCAAGGUUCUCUGGCUCAAGAACAACAUGCCCAAGGAGCUUUUCGACAAGUGCAAGUUCUACGACUUGACUGACGCUCUGACCCGCAUGGCCACCGGCAAUGACAAGCGUAGCUACUGCAGUGUCGUCUGCAAGCAGGGCUUCGUCCCUGUCGGCGUCGACGGCAGUGUCAAGGGCUGGCAGGAGGACUUCCUCACGGAAGUUGGUCUGGAGGACCUCUGCAAGAACGACUUCCAGAAGAUGGGCGGCGUAAACGGGGUGAACAACGAAUACCUGACCGCUGGUGAGCUCGUCGGCAAGCUGAGCGAGAAGGCCGCCAAUGACAUGGGUCUGCCCGCUGGUGUUGCCAUCGGCAGCGGUGUCAUCGACGCCUAUGCCGGCUGGAUCGGCACUGUUGGUGCCAAGGUCAAGCUGACCGACGACGCCCUCAACGCCGGUGCGCCUAAGAACGAUGUGUCGCAGGCCUUCACCCGUCUGGCUGCCGUUGCGGGCACGUCGACCUGCCACCUCGCCAUGUCUGAGAAGCCUGUCUUCGUCGACGGCGUGUGGGGUCCUUACCGUGACGUGCUGCUGCCAGACUACUGGAUGGCUGAGGGUGGACAGUCUGCGACUGGCGAGCUGCUCAAGCACGUCAUCGAGACGCACCCUGCCUUCCAGGAGGCGCUGUCCGUGGCCGAGACGUUCAACACCAACGUCUACGACUAUCUGAACGAGCACCUGCGGGAGAUGGCCGAGAAGCAGAAAGCCCCCAGCGUCAGCUGGCUGGGUCGGCACUUCUUCUUCUACGGUGACCUGUUUGGCAACCGUUCCCCGAUUGCUGACGCCAGUAUGAAGGGCUCGGUCAUCGGUCUGUCUUCCGACAAGAGCCUCGACGCUCUGGCGCUGUACUACCUCGGCACGAUGGAGUUCAUCGCGCUGCAGACGCACCAGAUCGUCGACGCGAUGAACAAGUCGGGCCACGUCAUCAGCUCCAUCUUCAUGUCGGGCUCGCAGUGCCAGAACGACAUCCUGAUGCACCUGAUCGCGGCGGCCUGCGACAUGCCGGUGUUGAUUCCACGGUACGUGCACGCGGCCGUGGUCCACGGCGCGGCGAUGCUGGGUGCCAAGGCCGCCAGCACCGACGCGCAGGGCAAGACGACCCCGCUGUGGGAGAUCAUGGACCGUUACAGCAAGCCCGGCAAGAUGAUCCCGCCCGGCACCAACGAGGGCGAAAAGAAGCUGCUUGCUGCUAAGUACAAGAUCUUCCUUGAGCAGAUUGAGACGCAGCAGAAGUAUAGGUCGGAGAUUGACGAGGCUGUCGCUGGCUGGACCUAGUAGAUGGCUUCGUGGUUAUGAUGUUGGAGGAUGGUGGGAUUACCUAUUUGAUGACAAUGAUGCCUCGGACUUUUUGCUUUUGCGUUAGCGCUAGUUGAUGGAUAGACGAUAGAAGUGCUCUGAAGUCUCUCCUUAAAACGACUUUUUUAUCUUCG